CCCACCAGACAGGAGGGUGCCAGCGUUGUGCCGUGCCAGGGACUGCCCCUGCGCUCCCGGCCCUCCGCUCUCUCCCCUCAGCCUGGGCUUCAGCUUCACGCAGGAGUCAGAAAGCGGGCAGGGGGGGAAGAGCAGGGACGCCCUGCCUCUGCCUUAUGCCGGGGCAGCAGGGGCGCAGCAUUUUUCCCUUGUGCUUCAGAUUGCCAUCAUGGGAGAAUGGGCACGCAGAUGAUGAACAAAAUGAGAGGCACAGCCGCUGCGAUGCCCGUGAGUGCCUUUGCCCAGGAGGCAGGCAGCACACAAAGCGACAGGGGCCCUGGCAACUGCUCCUGUGCUGCUCCUGCGCUGCCGAGGGCACCCACAGACGAUGCUCCCACUUGGGGACCGGCGCAGCCAGAUGGGAGUGCAACAGCUGUGCUGGCCUGGGCACCGGUAAGAGGCAAAGCACCCGGGUGCCCCCGGGCGAGGCCUGGCAGCGGGUGCCCAUUCUGGGCUUGGCAGAGCCCCUCUGCUCCAGGGGGGCUGGGGGCACAGUUCUGGCCUCUCCUGCCGCGGGCCUGGGGGGCCGUGCCCGUGACCUUCCUGCUCCCCCUUACAGCCUCCAGUGGCAGCUCGGAGGUGGCGGGUCCCAUCACCGAGAGCCAGUCAGGAUCGGGGCCAUCCCACAGCUCUCCAGCACCAGAGACCAGCAGCCCCAGCAGCACUGGUCUCCAGGCGGCAUCGGGGCCAUCCCAAAGCUCCCCAGUGCCUGAGAGCAGCAGCUGCUCCAGCCCACCUGGGCCUGACCGUGUGCGAGACCGAGCUCGCUCACGGCGUAGUGCCCAAAAACCCUACAGCCGGCCCACAAGACACCGUGGCAGGAGCAGUGCACCAGCACGCAGGGCUGAGAGGAGCACCCCAGGACAGUUGGCACGGGGACGGUCCCACAGCUCGCUUGUCCCUGAGUCCAGCAGCCCCAGCACCAGCACCACGGCGGCAUCAGGGUCCUCCUCCAGCUUCACAGAACUGGAGAGUAGCAGCCCCAGCAGCACUGGUGGCCAAGGGGCAUCGGGGCCGUCUCAAAGCAGCUCCCCACCACCUGAGAGCAGCAGCUGCUCCAGCCCACCUGGGCCCGACCGCGUGCGAGACCGCUCUCGCUCGCGGCGUCGGGCCCAAAAGCCCUACAGCCGGCGCACAAGAGGCCGUGGCAGGAGCCGCGCACCAGCACCCAGGGCUGAGAGCAGCAGCCCCGCACAGUCGGUGCCGGGAUGCUCCCGUGGCUCCCCGGUACCCGAGACCGGCAGCCCCAGCACCCCCAGCUCUGCACGGCUCCAGAGCAGCCGCCGCCCCAGCCGCCCCGGGCCCGUGCGGGGACGAGACCGCUCCCGCUUACGACGUCGGGCCCAGAACCCUUACAGCCGGCCCGGACGCUGACGCGCGACCAGCCCUGCGCCGGCCCUGCCUGCUGGCCCUGAUCCCCCACCACCGCUCCAAUAAAGUUGACUGUUAAUCUCUGCCCUGGGAGAUUCCACGCUCCUUUGUUGGCUUCCGCCGGGCCCACAGGGUUGUCUUCUCCCCGGGGCUUGGCAGCACCUUCCCCAGACCUCCCUCCUCGCGGGCUGGCCUUGGCCGGCUGCCCAGCGCCAUGGCCGUGGGCUUCGGGCCUCGCUGGCCCCGCAGCCUGCUCCGCUUCCCCGGGGAAAGUUCGAACGCACAAGCGGCAAAGCGCCUCUGCUUUCAAAGUUCCCCUCAGAGUCACCUCUGGAGGUGUGACAUGAAGGUUGCUGCAGAUGGUGCUGCUACAGUAGUAGCCAAAGGGCAUUGCCCUUCCCCAGUUCCAGCUCCUGUCGCCCACCGUGGUUGCUGCUGUACCAGCUUGUCCUGGCUUUGAGGGAGCGGUGGGGUUUUUUGGUAGC